AUGCGUGUGAAGGAAACAGGACAGGAGAUAGUGGAGGUUAUUAGGCGGUGUGUGGAGACCAUGGAGGUUAUCAGGCGGUGUGUGGAGGCCAUGGAGGUUAUCAGGCGGUGUGUGGAGGCCUUGCUAUCAGCGGUGUAUGAGGUUAUCAGGCGGUGUAUGGAGGUUAUCAGGCGGUGUAUGAGGUUAUCAGGCGGUGUGGAGGCCAUGGAGGCGUUAUCAGGCGUCAACUCUUCAAACAUCAUCACCAUUAACAACUUCUUCAAACAUCCUCCCAAUUCAAUAACAACUCUUCAAACAUCCUCUCCACCAAUAACAACUCUUCAAACACCAUCUCCACCAAUAACAACUCUUCAAACAUCCUCUUCCACCAAUAACAACUCUUCAAACAUCAUCUCCACCAAUAACAACUCUUCAAACAUCAUCUCCACCAAUAACAACUCUUCAAACAUCCUCUCCACCAAUAACAACUCUUCAAACAUCAUCUCCACCAAUAACAACUCUUCAAACAUCAUCUCAACUCUUCAAACAUCCUCUCCACCAAUAACAACUCUUCAAACAUCAUCUCCACCAAUAACAACUCUUCAAACAUCAUCUCCACCAAUAACAACUCUUCAAACAUCAUCUCCACCAAUAACAACUCUUCAAACAUCAUCUCCACCAAUAACAACUCUUCAAACAUCAUCUCCACCAAUAACAACUCUUCAAACAAUCUCCACCAAUAACAACUCUUCAAACAUCAUCUCCACCAAUAACAACUCUUCAAACAUCAUCUCCACCAAUAACAACUCUUCAAACAUCAUCUCCACCAAUAACAACUCUUCAAACAUCAUCUCCACCAAUAACAACUCUUCAAACAUCAUCUCCACCAAUAACAACUCUUCAAACAUCAUCUCCACCAAUAACAACUCUUCAAACAUCAUCUCCACCAAUAACAACUCUUCAAACAUCAUCUCCACCAAUAACAACUCUUCAAACAUCAUCUCCACCAAUAACAACUCUUCAAACAUCAUCUCCACCAAUAACAACUCUUCAAACAUCCUCUCCACCAAUAACAACUCUUCAAACAUCAUCCUUGCUUCUCUAUUUCAGAUGUUACUUGUACCUCCCGCAGUGUGUCAGGUGAAGUCAUACUGA